AUGGUGGAAUGUAUGAGCGAUGUAUGUCAAUCUGACGGGUUGUAUUCAUCAAAUCCAAUUGAUUUUUCGAAUAAUCCACUAGCAAAUGAAAUUACAGCUGAAAUUGACAGAUUAUAUAUCGCAAAGUUUAAAAGUAAAGUGGUUUAUACUUUUCAUAAAUUAUUACAAUCAGACAGUUACGCUAAAUGUUACGAUGAUGAUAGUGAUAAUUUGCGGUUUCAGACUAACAAGUUGAUUGAUAAAUUACUAAAGGAAUUUUUUUCGGCCAGUUAUGGCUUUCAAACUUGGAUAAUCCUACAAUUGAUACGGAUGGCCAAGCAGGAAGAUCUUAUUUUACCAUCAGAUCCUCCCGGGGAUAUUGUUAAAGUCUUAUCGCAUAUUAUAUUAUUUUAUAGCAUUCCAAAUGAAGUACUUGAAUUGACAAUUGAGGCGAUCAGUAACAUGGAUUCAAAGUAUUUAAUAGCUAUAGUACGAAAUAUCCGGUUGUAUCUCAAGGAUAAACGAGAUUUAUGGAUUGAUUGUAAUAUUUCAUUUUCGAACGUUUACCACCAAAUACUUGCAAUAAUGAUGAAACUACCCCUACCAACCCUUAAAUCCAAGAGAUUUCGUGAGAAAUCGGCUAGUAUAAAUGAUAUGGAUGUUAGUGAUAGGAAGAAAGUAAUUAUUUACAGAAAAGUUUACCAGGAUUGUUGGGUUCUUAUAUUCCAGCGAUCAGACCGAAUUGAUUUAUCACAAGACAUGAUUAAAAUGAUACUCAAACAUUUGCCUGAAGCAGUAUUGCCCUAUUUAACCAACCCAUUCGUUAUUGCAGAUACACUACUUUCAUCAUUUUAUAUCAUUGAUGAUGUUGAAUGUAAUGUGUUGUCACUAAUUUCACUUUUCUAUAUUGCAACUAGUGGGAAUAUUUCUGUGGAGGAGAGUAAUUUAUAUGAGGCAAAGGGGUUCUACUCCAGGUUAUAUGAUGUAACAACAAAACUACUGCAUGUUGAGUGUAUGGCUAAUGGGUUUCAUGGGAAAAUACUACAAUUAAUAAGGGAAUGUGUGUCAAGUGGGAUGAUUCCCGGAAUCUAUGCGAUAAAAUUUGUGAAGAAAUUAGUCCAACUUGCUUGUUUGGCACCUUCCCACCUCGCAAUAUCGCUCCUCGCUCUUGCGUAUUCUCUUUUCCACCGACACAUUGACAGUUGCAGACCACUUGUCCAUACCCAACCACACAUAGCUAAAUUGGUACAGCUUCGCUAUAAUGAUACGGAAAAGGGAGAAUCGAUAGAUUCCCCCUUUUCAAAUAACUACAGCGUCACCCAUGUAAUACCAAAUGAUCUUUGUGAGUGCCUGAUAACUGAUGGGUUGGAUGACUUUAAACCCAUACCUUGUCUCUGGGAACUAGAUCUUUUGUCUCGACAUGUAGAUAAGAAUGUAGCAACAUUGGCCGAGAGUUUUGUGGUGGAUAAGUUGCCAAAAAAGCUCUUCAAUCCGUUCCUUUUUUGUGACCCCCUGUUCUCGUUGAGAAAGGCACUCAUGACUGAGAUAAACACCCUUGACAUGGGAGUAAAGAUCGGUAAAGGUGGUAAGGGUGGUAAAUUUGAUAGGGGGGUUAAGAGGGUCAACAAAAGGAGGAGUAUGUAUAUCAAGAGGGUUGGUGAAGUUGGUAAAAUCAGUAAUUUUAGCUGA